UCAAAGGCACUCUCUGCAGACUUUGAAGGUUUCAGGCACCACAGGACCAAACUGCACCACCAGCGUGGCUGAACAUGAUGGAUGAACUGUCGAAUAUCUAUAUUAAUGUAGAGAGACCAUCAGGUAAUCCCAACCAGAGGAAAAGGCAGAGAAUAAGCUCUGAAAAUAUUUAUGAAAAUGUGGUCAACAUUCAGGAGCCAAACAGAUCUGGACCAUCACACUCAGGUGCUGCAGAUGUGAAGAAGAGUUCCUGCAGAGCUGCUGCAGUGUGUCUGGGUCUGCUGUGUCUUCUCCUUCUGACCGGACUUACAACUUUAGUUUUCCUGUUUACCAAGAGCAACUCUGAGUGGGAGAUGGAGAUGUUCCUGUUACAAGACAGGAACAACAACCUAACGGAAGAAAGAGACCAGUUACAGACCAGUUACAACAACCUGUCUAAAGAAAGAGACCAGUUACAGACCAGUCACAACAACCUGUCUAAAGAAAGAGACCAGUUACAGACCAGUCACAACAACCUGUCUAAAGAAAGAGACCAGUUACAGACCAGUUACAACAACCUGUCUAAAGAAAGAGACCAGUUACAGACCAGUCACAACAGCCUGUCUAAAGAAAGAGACCAGUUGCAAAAAGAGAAUGAAGCCCUGACCAUGGGCAGAAAUGAUCUUCAGAGAAAGCGUGAAGCAAAAGCCAGUCACGGCACCACCUGAAAAGAGGUUCAGAGGUCAGCAACCAGGCAUCAGUGAAAGAUCAAGAAAAAAGUUCACAUCGGACGACAGAACAUCAACAGCAGGGAUAACUAUUUCCCCUACAUAUACAAACAAAUGGUUGUCACGUGACCAGUAUUCUGUGACCAAUUACUUACAUCACAUGGUGGGUAAAAGCUUCAUAAACAACACACUGGAUGAUGAGGAUUCAGAGCCAGAAAGUAGCUUGUCCAGCUAGUCUGUGAUGCUAGAAACUUUUGUCUCCUGUCUCUGGCAGUAAGAGUAAUUGCACGAACACCGUCGACACAGUUUAUAUAACAUAUGCCUGUAGGUGACCUUGCCACAUCUUUCACGACCCCAUUACUGUAAUCCUGAAUGCCGACUUUCUUUUUUAUCUGGAGCAUCCACUCCAGAAACUUUUCUUGGAUACUAUACUCCUAGCUGCUACUUUAAUCGCUAAGGUCUCGCCCCACUUCUUUUUUGAAAAACCUUUAUUUCAAACGAGAAAUCAGAAUCAUGCAUAUAGUAAAAGACAAUAAAAUCUACUGUAAAGCAAAUACAUUCAUCUCUUUCCCCUUUGGCUCUGGCUGGGUGAUGUAAAAUUGCGUCACUUCUGGUAUGUAUGUAGGUAUGGAAAAAGUUGCCACAGACACCUGACACCAAAACUCUGGUAUAAAUCCAGAGAGCUUUCCCUGGCGGCCAUAUGCUUAAAGAGCAUGGUGUAAACUCAUUUGGCAAGACCUAGUCCAACGCUCUAGCUUUAACAUUAGCUAAAGCAGCUACAUUGCAGGGUUUUUUUAAAGCUGCGAUACAGGCGGCCAGUCUGUAGAAACCUUGUUAGACACAUGUUUCCAACAGUUUAUAGUAUCAUAACUGGCUAGUUGCAACACCAUUUGUUAAUUUCAUGUAUACAGCUGACUGUUUUUAAACAUCAGCAGCAAGCAAGAGAGAUAUUGGUAUGAUUUCAUGAAUACAGAGACAAGAUGAGUUUGUGAUAGUACUUGAUAAAAAUAUCUUGCUUCAUACUUUGUAGGCAGGGCUAUAGUUAAAUUCUAGUACAUGACUGCAAAUGAAAUCGCAGUCAGUAUUGGCUGUUACUUUUCUGAGGGGAGAUGGCAAAAAACAUUUUUCCCAGCAGAUGUGUCACAGCAGAAAAAGCACAGGUGUCACUAAUAACAUUAACCAUGGCUUUGUUUAUUCUAAGUCUCACCAUUAAUUAUGACAGUGUGAGGUUCAAUGCCCGAGCUUUGUAACUGAAGCAGCUUACAGUAAUAAAAGCCCUAAGGGGAAGUUUAAUUGGAAUAGGUGACAACAUCGGCUUGUCCAGCAGGUGGCACUGAAGCAUUUGAGCCUUAGCUGUGAACAACUGUGGGCCUCAAGAUAAACUCCAACCCUGAGACUCCACAGCCUAUCCAACAAAAGCAAUGGCCUUUCUUCCUCAAUUAACAUUAGAUUGAUGUUGUUUUUAGUGAGCCACUGAAAAAUAUACAAACUGUAAUGUCCAGGUCACGGGCAAGAUAUGGAGCAGUAAACUGCCUUCAAUACUUUGUUGCUUUUUUUUUUAUUUUGUUGCCACUAGAUAACUGUAGGUGUGAAUUUAUGAUUUGAUACACUGUGUUGAAAAAGUUGUUAUUGUUAUUUUGCUGUCUUGAGUCCAAUUUUUUGUAGUCCUGUUUAGACACAGUAUGUGGUUUUGUUGAUUAUGUUGUAAAAUAAAAGUAUACAAUGCAGGAAUUGUCAGUUACCAUUUGUAAACAGUAUCGCCAGCGAAUAUGAAAGUGAAAGCCAACCCCAGCUAUCUCUGCUUGGCAUAUCACCUUGCUGUAUUUGUCUUUUUCUGUGCUGUGUCCACAAUUUUAGGAGGUUUGUCUCGGAUCUGGUGUGGCACCUGGUUGCGACCUUUUUAUAAAGUCCCGACCUCACCAGUGUACUGUGCUCAGGAACGUCCUGAACACAGCAAAACAUUAAGGAAAUAAGAAAAUACAGGCAGAGAGCAGAGUCUCUGCAGAUAUAUACACCACCACACAGUGAGAGUGGGUCAUAAAUGAUUAUUGAGAGGGAUUACUCAUGUUUGAGUCAGUCUAUACAUUGUUUUGUAGGGAAAUCCUGCAUAGUAUAUCUUUAAGAACACAACACUUUUUGGAUCAUGUGAAUGGGAACAUAUUUGGUGUAAAAAUGGCCUUAUUCCCCAUAAUACAGCUUUAAACCAAGAGAGAAAAACUGUAACAUAAGGACGCUGAUUUAUGAGUCAGACUAGUGUUCAUUCAGUCAAAUGUAUAAUAAAGAUGUUAUGGACAUUAAAUUUCUCAUACUCUUCCCUCAAAAUCAAACAAAAUAUCAUUUCAGCAUUUUCAUAUAAUCUUGCUGUUAUAUAGUCUAUUGUCAGUUUAACAGCCUCAUUUUCAUAUAGAGAACAGUUUGAUGUCAUCUUAAAACAAAAUUGUAGUGCUGUACUAUUGCUUGUAGGCAAAUCUUCUCACAUGUCAUGUAGAAAUUUCUGGAGGCAAAUGUUUUCUCAGAAUGGUCUUAA